GACCGUUUUCGCAUUUCCGUGUUGCACUGCAGGCCCUAAAAAGAGCUCCUUUGUUUAACCCAAAUGUACCAUAAUUUUUCCCUUUCUGUGCGUCAUUGACGAAAUAUGAAAUUAUCCAAAUGAGGCGCUGCGAUAGCGAGAGGGCAGACAUUUGGCCAUUCUCAAGGAAUCAAAACGAGGAACUGCUUGCUGCCAGAACCAAGCCAACGCCUCGCUCGCGAGGGAAACCACGAUCAGGCAGCCGGAACUCCAAGACCGUUAAGGUGGAAGAUGCCGUGGCCCAAUUUGCCAGGGUGGCGGGGAUGGAGCCGUCGGAAGCAAGCUACUAUGUGGAAAACAUCGUCGAGGUGAAUCCACCGUCAAACUCGUCUACCCCAAAAGACAAUUUAACCAUCGGCUUGCGGGUCAUCGUAAGCGGCGAUAGGCGCGGCUCCAUCCAGUAUCUCGGUGAGACGCAGUUUGCCCCCGGUCAGUGGGCCGGGGUCGCCCUGGACAGAGCCUUCGGACAAAAUGUCGGAAAGAAUGAUGGGUCAGUCAAAGGGGUGCGAUACUUCCAGUGUGAGCGCAACAGAGGGGUCUUCACCCGGCCGGACAAACUCUCCCGCGAGCCGCCUGCUAGGAAAGCUGUUUCCGCUUGCUGUAAUUUUCAGAAAUGGAUGAAUGUGGGGGGUGGUGAUCGCGUCAUGGUCAGCGGCAGCAAGCUAGGUACGCUGCGGUACAUCGGCACCACCAAGUUCGGUGAAGGGGACUGGGCCGGCGUUGAGCUUGAUGACGAACUUGGCAAGAAUGACGGCAUCGUGGCAGGAAUAAUGUACUUCCAAUGCAAGCCCAAGCACGGCCUCUUCGUUCCCGUCCACAAAGUCGCCAAAGUGCUGCGCAAGCCCCCUCCUCGCUCUGCCAAGCGCAAGACAGUUACCAGGGAGAAACACAGCAGCAGUACCAGUUGCUUUAGCUCCGUGGGCUCCACAGCGUCCAGCUUCACCAGGAACAUGGAUCAUGGGGGAUCGGUGGCAGAUCCGGGAUCACCGCCGACGCAGGAAGCUACGAGGAGAAUAAGUGCCGACGUGCCACAGAAUAUCUUUGCAACGGCCUCCAAUGAAGUAUCGGCAAAUAGCAGCGAGGACCAAUGCACUACCGUGGCGCCGAGUGGAUCAUCUAUUUAUUGCGUGCCCGAUGACCUACUCCAGAACAUUUUCCAGCAUCUGAGUGCGUCUGACCUGUGUAACUUGGCAUCAUGCUGCCGUUGGCUACGCGAUGCGACCAAUCAGGAUUCAUUCUGGCUUCCUCUUUGUCAAAGCAGAGGAUGGGAGCUCUACGGCACCACCACAGACCUGGCCAAGAUAGCCUCUUACGGACCUUCCGAGGAAGCCACUGGCGCUAGUGAAGCAAGUGACUGCAGCGUCACCUUCCAGAAUGAUAGGAUCGUGACUGAUGACAACACAGCGGGUUUAACCAGCACUUGCAGGUGGAAAGGCGUCUACAUGAGAGCUUACCAUCUGGAUAGGAACUGGGCUACAAAUCGGUCUCAUUUCAAGGAUAUUGCUUGGAAAGAGCUGAAACCCUAUUGCAAAGUUGUCAUCGAUGGGGAUCUCAUGGCAAUUUGUUUAGGCCAAUACGAUAUCUUCGUCUACGAUUUUCGGACGGUCACAUUGAAAUGUAUUAUUUCUGGUUUGGAUGAUACAUGCAAGUUAAAAGAUGGCGUUGUGGUUGUGGCUGGUCUAGAUGAUGUGGUCCGUGCGUACGAUGCAGAGACUGGGCAGGAGCUAAAAAUGCCGGGGAGAUGUAAGCGGGGCAGUAUUAGUCCUUUGUUCUUUGAUGGUGAAUUGUUCAUAACAUGUCACGGAGGGUAUAGGGCCGACAAUACACGCUUUGAAGUGUGGCAUAUCAAAGACGGACUGCAACAUAUUCUCACAGAUAUUUCUCUGAAUGGAUACCCUAUUCAACAUUGGGAUUAUCGGGACGGGAUGCUGGUGGCUGCCCACGAUAAUAGCAACGUAGUGUGGGAUGCGAGGAGCGGUGAAUGCUUGCAUAAACUGACCUGCGGGGGUCGGCCAAGCGUCAAACUUGGACAAAAUGUUAUCGUCUGCGUCAGCCUGAAUCAGGACAUAGGCAUGUGGCUUCUCAACAUUUGGAGCCAGGACACCGGAGAGUGUCAACAAGUGAUACCCUUAUCAGAUUUUAACUCGCCUCAUCCACUUUUGAUAAAUAAUUUGAUAAUAGUUCGAGACGAGAGCGGGCAGGGCGAGAAUCUUCAGAGGAGCGGAUAUCCUGUCAAAGUAAUUUAUGAUCUUAAUGGCAAAUUGGUAAUGGAAGAGAUAGCUACUAAACUUGGUCGAUGUAUGUUGGCGGUGUGCAAUUAUCAGGAGUUUCGUUACAUGUACAGCGUAACUCACCACCGUCCAUAUGCAACGGCAUAUCUGAAGGAUGGGAGCCGAAAGGCCUACAUUUUUAGUGCCACUCCAAACGGCUUUGUACGACUAUUUGCUUUAGAUCCUGAAGCGAGAGCAAGCACUCUGUCAUUGAUCUGGAUGGACGAAAUCAGAAUGAUAAUUUUUGACCGACGAAAGUGCAGUCUCCUCAUUCAUCAUUACUGGUGAACCAGUGAUCAUGAUCACAGCCUAUUGGAUAGAAACACUAUGGUGAUCAUCAUGACAUUCUGUUCAAAAUCGAAUUGAAACUCGCAAUAAACCUUUAGUAUACCGUCGCGAAACGUCCAGUUUCCUGAAACCUUUUUCGGAACCAAACAAUUCCCAGGUGAAAAUUCCAGUUGAAACCAGUUAAAAUUUCAACUGGUUUCAACUGGUUGCAACUGGUUUUAACUUGGAUUAACUGGUGUCCAACCGGUACCCAUUGGAUUCAACUGGUAUCAACUGGUAGCUCAACUGAAUUCCAUAGAAACCAGUUGGAACCAGUUGAAUCCAACGGGUACCAGUUAGACACCAGUUAUCAACUGACAAUUCUUGUUGUUAAACCAGUCACCAAUUCCCAUUUCAACUGGACCAGUUGGGACCAGUUGAAACCAGUUCAACUGGAAUUUUCACCUGGGAAGGGCACAGAGAUUUGAUAAAGGUGCAACCCGAAACUUCUUUACCCUUUUUUACACAACACCCAUUGACAAUCCACCGUGCAAACUCUCAUGACCCUCAUAGGAGAACUCACGAUGUUUUACCUUAUCAGUUCAAGGCAAAAACAAAUGGUUGCUUUUCGUGUAUUUAGUUUAUUCUCAAUCAUAA